AUGGAAUGGAUCGAUCAAACACGCCUGAUGCGGCUGUACAUGCACGAAGAGUCAACAGUACAAGGGGCCAAGGAAAGGGCCCCAGGGUCACGGAAACGUAUCAAAGGCUUCGUGCAUGGUUACGGAAUCGACAUGCAAGACUUUGAGCCCUCCGAGCUCGACAAGUACAGCACGUUUGAGGAGUUCUUCACCCGCGCUCACAAGCCCGGAUCGCGGCCAAUUCUCGACAAAGACAAUCCGAACCGAGCCGUUGUCGUGGCGGAUUCGAGAGUAGUCGUGUACGAAUCCGUCGAGGCUGCCAAAACCCUUUGGAUCAAGGGCAAGAAUUUCACCGUGACCAAUCUCGUCAUGGAUGCUGAAUUAGGCGAGAAAUUCGAGGACGGCUCCGUCGCAAGCUUCCGAUUAUCCGUUCAGCACUACCAUCGUUUCCAUUCGCCCGUACGGGGUGAGGUGGCGAGCUUUCAGAGCCUGCCGGGGGAUUACUACCAGGUAGACCCGGUUGCAUUGCAGUCCGAUGUGGACAUCUUGACUCGCAAUCGAAGACAAUGCGUCGUCAUCAAGACCAAGGAGUUUGGAGACGUCUUAUUUGUAGCGAUAGGGGCUACCAAUGUUGGAAGCGUGCACAUUCACCACCAGUUCCAGCAAGCAGGAGCCCCGAUCGAAAAAGGAGACGAGCUGGGCGUCUUUGAAUUCGGUGCAUCGUCCAUCAUUGUCGCGUUCGAGAAGGGGCGUAUACGGUUUGACCAAGAUUUGCUCUCACUGAGUCAAGCAAAGAUUCAAACGUCGGUCGAGAUGGGUAUGAGCCUGGGAGUUGCCUUGUAG